UCCCUCUAGGGCCAUUUCCCAGGUCCAUGGCGGUGGCUUGGUGGGUUUCUUUGUGGGCUCAAGAGUUGGUUUCUUCCCUGCAUGGCUGGCUCUGCACUCGGCUGUGCGAUUCCCCUCCUUUCCACAUUUGAAGCAAGCAGCUGAGCGCUGCUGUGGGCCUUGGGUACUGGUCAUAGUUUUGGGGCGUCCCGUUUCUCAGGGAAGGACUUUCGCCACCCAUGUCCAGUCAGUGUUUGCUCCGGGUCAAUCUCCACUUCUUUAACUAACAGUGCAGACCCUCUUGCAAAUAUCCCCGAGAGCAGGUUCAGAAGACCAGACAUGUCACUAGAAGGCAAAACCACUAAACGGUGUCUCACUUAGUUUGCCACGUCAUGUGGGGGGAAUUCACUGGAGAAAGCAAUUAUGUUUGGAAGAUUUAGCGGUAAAAGGAAACCAAGCAGUAAAAGAACACGGUAGCUGGACAGCAUCAAAGCUGACACCGGCCAGAGCAUAGAAAAAUUCAAAAGUGCAAGGAAGAAGUGGAGAAACUUGGCCCGUAGAAUUUCCAAAAGUUGGACUCAGCCGAAUGAAUAACAUCAUCAUCUUCAGCUGGGAAAGUGCAAAGAGAGCUGCUUUCCAGACCAUCAGCCCUUUUUUGCGUUUGCUCUGCUCUUUUAUUUUUUCCAGCAUCGGGAUGCUUUUUUGUUCCCUUUCUGCUCAGCCAGUUCCAAAAAUAAAUCUUCCAGACAGGUUGGAAAGCCCCAGACCAUCCCCCCUUUUUUCAUAAAUAGCCGGUUGACUACAAUUUAAAAUAUCUGCUGACUCCGCAGAUCCCAGAGCGGCUUGUCUUUCCGAGGCCGAUGUUUUCCAAGCAGCUCCUGGUUUCAGGGGUGGGAAAAUUCUGCCCUGUUCGAACAGCGGCUUGCUUUCCUACGUCGGUUCUUUCUUUCUUUCCAUUUUAAAUCUGGAAAGCCUAUGUUUAAAGUGAGGCUAAUGACUGGCUGUCAGAUCCUUUAGUUUGGGGGAGAGAUUGCAGUUUGAACAAUGGAGUGUUUAUGGAACUGGGCCACUGGGAAAGUUCCUGCGAGCACGAAGGACACUCAGCCCGUCAUGCUGCGGAGUGUGAGAGACCUUCUCUGCCCAGAUUUUGCUGUUCUUGAGAGGAUUCCAGAGGACCUCAGUCUCGAUGCCUUCUUGGAAAUGAACGACUCCAAAGUCAAAGACACGAUGAAGAGAUACGGGGCCAGCAUGGAAGAAUGUUCACGGCUGAACGGAGCCCUCACCUGCUUGCGGAAAGCAACGCGGAUGGUGCCUUCGUAUCUCCACGCAGGUGGAGAGCACAAAGACCAUCUGGUGUGGAAUCCACCUGACGUUUGCCGGGAAACCAGUUUGAUGCCUCCUUCUGAACUUUCUCCCUGCCCUCCAGGGCUCACGUGGAUACAAGGCAACCUUUCCCAUUUGAAAGGCAACGGCCCACAGUCCCGUUCUGUCUCCGUCUCCACCAUCCCCUCUUCAGACAACUUACCUACGAGUCAAGGUGCCCCUACCUUUGCCGAUAACCUGUUGGAAUCCUUUGCUUUCCCCACUCACUGUGGGCGGCGGAACCUCAGAACUCCUCACAGUACUGCCAUUACCCCACCGACCACGCCCCAGCUCAAGAGAGGGAAGCCACCACGGACUCCACCCCCACCCAGCCGAAAGGUUUUCCAGCUGCUGCCCAACUUCCCAACCCUCACCAGGAGCAAAUCUCAUGAGUCCCAACUCGGCAAUCGGAUAGAUGACGUUCCUCCUAUGAAAUUGGAUUUCCCCCAGGGAUCGCCACAAACGGUACGAAGAGAUAUCGGCCUGUCUGUAACACACAGGUUUUCCACAAAAUCCUGGCUCUCUCAGGUGUGCCAAGUGUGUCAGAAAAGCAUGAUGUUUGGAGUAAAAUGCAAACACUGCAGGUUAAAAUGUCAUAACAAAUGCACCAAAGAAGCCCCACCUUGUAGAAUAUCUUUCUUACCCAUACCACGGUUAAGGAGAACAGAGAGUGUCCCUUCCGAUAUCAAUAAUCCGGUGGACCGGCCUUCAGAACCACAGUUUGGGACCCUGCCCAAAGCCCAAGCUAAAAAGGAUCAUCCGACAGCAAUCAAUCAUCUCGAUUCCAGUAGCAACCCGUCUUCUACCACCUCUUCCACACCAUCCUCUCCAGCACCCUUCCCGUCUUCCAACCCCCCCAGCGCAACGCCUCCCCCAAACCCAUCUCCCAUGGGCCAGUGGGACAGCCGGUUCAACUUCCCAGCCGCUCACUACAUUCAGCAUAGACAACAGUUUAUCUUUCCAGAAAUUCCUGGUACUCCACAAAUAACGCAGCCGCCUGAAACUACGGAAAGUACUAACAAUGCUGAGGUGCCCUUAGAGACUGAUGGAGUUGAAGAACGGGACACAGAGCAUGUGGACGACCAAGAACAAAACAAGUUGGAAGCUGAGGACGAUGAAGACGAGAUUGACGACCUGCCAACCCGGCGAUCACGAUGGCGGGGGAUGAUCUCACGCAAGGCUAGCCAAACCAGCGUCUACUUGCAGGAAUGGGACAUUCCCUUUGAGCAGAUUGAACUGGGUGACCCUAUUGGCCAAGGACGGUGGGGCAAGGUGUACCGGGGGAGAUGGCAUGGCGAGGUAGCCAUUCGUUUGCUGGAGAUAGAUGGGAACAACCAGGAUCACCUGAAGCUCUUCAAGAAAGAAGUGAUGAACUACCGGCAAACCAGGCAUGAGAAUGUGGUGCUUUUUAUGGGUGCUUGCAUGAACCCCCCUCAUCUAGCAAUCAUUACCAGUUUCUGCAAAGGAAGGACGCUCCACUCGGUAGUCAGGGACCCCAAAACACCUCUGGACAUCAACAAGACCAGGCAAAUAGCUCAGGAGAUUAUUAAGGGCAUGGGGUAUCUUCAUGCAAAAGGGAUCGUGCACAAAGAUCUCAAAUCCAAGAACAUUUUCUAUGAAAAUGGAAAGGUGGUGAUCACUGACUUUGGCCUGUUUGGAAUUUCUGGUGUGGUUCAAGAAGGAAGGCGUGAAAAUGAACUGAAGCUGCCCCAUGAUUGGCUGUGCUACCUGGCUCCAGAGAUUGUGCGCGAGAUGGCUCCCGGGAAAGGUGAAGAUAAGCUGCCCUUCUCCAAAGCUGCUGAUGUCUAUGCUUUUGGGACCGUGUGGUACGAGCUCCAGGCCAGGGAAUGGCCCUUUCAGAGCCAGCCAGCGGAGGCCUUGAUUUGGCAGAUCGGAAGUGGUGAAGGAAUGAAGCAAGUCCUACAAGCUAGUAGCCUGGGGAAAGAAGUCGGGGAAAUCCUCUCGGCAUGUUGGGCUUUUGAUGUGGCUGAGCGGCCCAAAUUCACCCUCUUGAUGGAAAUGCUUGAAAAAUUGCCCAAGCUUAACCGGCGGCUUUCUCACCCAGGACACUUCUGGAAAUCAGCUGAGUUGUAGCUCCUGGCGCAAUGGCUGAAUUUCCUCUUGCAUGAGCACUUGUGACUAAUCUACCCAGCAGCUCCGACCUUGUGCACACAAGCAUGUGUGUACCUGCUUUCCGUUUUUAACCCUUGAGUGCCCCUGAUGCUGCUAACAGUUCCUUCUUACGUCCUGCCUUUUUUCUUGGUGUGGGCUGCUCAUCUGAAGUAACCUGUCUGUUAAGAACUCUUGCCUCUUCGUUAACACUCAACUACAUGAAAUUUUCCCACUCCUGAAAGUGCAACCCCCCCCCUUUCUCCUCGGAGCAACUCACCUGUCAGGUUACCCACCCCUCACCCCUGUGCUUUCUCUGUCACACUCUCUCUCUGCACUCCUACCACCAGCCUGAUCUGCAAGAUGUAAGCAAACACAAAAUGCAAACACCUAACAGCAUUGCGUGCUUGUCUUUUGUAGGCGAGUUUUAAAAUAAAGACACGUUGAACUCUA